UUUAUUUCCCUCUCGCCCUGCAGCUUUUAGACUCCAGGCGGCUGCCGUAAGGCGGGGCGGCAAGAUGGCAGCCUCCGCUUUUGCUGGUGCCGUGAGAGCAGCAUCAGGAAUCUUCCGACCCCUGAAUAUUUUGGCCUCUUCAGCCUAUCGAAACUGCGCCAAGAAUGCCUGUCUUAGUUCUGCCCUGUCCACCCGACGUUUCAGUCCCACUCAGACACUGGUUGUUUCCUCUGCUCCCAGGCUUAUCACAUCUGUCAGGAACCUGACAUGUGGGCCUACAGCAACAGUCUUCAAUAGAGUGGCCCCCUUGCUCCCAGGUGUCCUGAAGCUACCAGUCAGAACUGUCACAUACUUCAGUUCACGAAAAGGCAAGAGAAAGACUGUGAAAGCUGUCAUCUAUAGGUUUCUUCGACUUCAUUCUGGCCUGUGGCUAAGGAGGAAGGCUGGUUAUAAGAAAAAAUUAUGGAAAAAGACGGUUGCAAGAAAAAGACGCUUAAGGGAAUUUGUCUUCUGCAACAAAACUCAGAGUAAGCUCCUGGAUAAAAUGACGACGUCUUUCUGGAAGAGGCGGAACUGGUACGCUGACGACCCGUAUCGGAAGUACCACGAUCGGACGAACCUGGAAGCGUAGAUCAGAAGUUUUAUGAUUUCCUGGUGGAUGAAUCUGCAUCUUUGUGUAUAUGAUGUCUUUGCAAAAGUGAGAGAGUAUGAAAUGUGCUGUAAAUUGUACCAGCUGAUAUGGUAACAUACAGUACCAACAUUAAAUUUAUCUGCGUUCUAAAACUCAAUGGAGUAAACAUUCCCAGGUUUGUUCAGAGAAAUAGAAAUUUUAAAUGAAUGAUUAUUGUUCAUUAUUAAUUACAUGGUAACGGCUUAACCAGUUGUUCCCAUUAGGCUUAUUUAGCUGCAAGGAAUCUCAAGCGAGGACAGACAUAAAAAGACUGUAAAGUAACAAGUUAGCUCACGCAGUGUGACGUUUAAAGGACACGUGCCUGGGGACUCAGGAACCACCUCACCACCCCUCCUCCCUCCCAGAGCGGACCCCCGGGCCUCAGGACAAGCAGCAGCCACAUGGUGAUCCUGGACCCGAGGCACCUCCAGGGGUCCAGCGGCAGGACGUGGUGGGCCUCUAGGCGUGGAGUCUGCCUUGCAUGCGGCUCAGUUCUUGUUGCAUCGCGGGCUCCACUCUCUCUCUCCUCACCACGCUCUCUAAUUCACAGCUUCUGUUUACUCUCAGUACCCGCUCCCUCGUAGCGUGCACCACGCAGGUUCUUCUCUGCAUCAGGACCCUCAGCUCCUGACUCCAGGCUCUGACUGUCAGGACCCAACCGGGCCAGCUUGUCUCUUCACACCAGGUCUCAUCAGGGGCGCUGACCAGCGUAGGGACUGGCUGUUCUUAGGUCAGGAGCCCAACCUGGCCCACUUGGUCAUAUUAGCUGGUCCUCGUGCAGCAAAAACUAGUUCUGUGAGCAGUUUCACUCCGAGGGGAGCCCGGGGUGGCAGCACGCACCCAGGGGACUGGGUUUAUUGUGUUCACAACGGUUCUCACUCAGGUUAUUGGGAAAGGAUUUUUUUUCAAUAGGAGAAAAUGAAAUAGUCUUUCGGGAUGUCCAUUCAUGAAAUAAAAGGCUAUACAGGUGAAGACAAAAGCUUUUUACCCAGGAUUUAAAAGGUACUGUAUUUUUUAAAAGUUGGUUUGUCCACUUGUGAUUCCGUAUUUUCAACUGUGAGGAUAAACUUUUCCAAAAUUUUCCAAAGACACAUUGUACAAACUAAGGGUAAAAAGUAACCUCAGUCAUUUUAGAAAUGAGGCAAGAGUGAAGCAUUAUUCACUUGAAGAGGGUCAGGCACUGAGGAAAGUUUAGAUUUUCAAAGUGAUUAUGAGGGCCUGGUUCUAAGCUCUCCUAUCAGAAUCACCUGGAAAGCAUUUUCAAACAAUAGAGCAUUUCGCUUGGUUGAAAAAUCAUUAUUAUAUAGAACCAUGCCUCAAUUACUGCUUCAGAUCCUUUAAUAUAAUAGUUGAUAGUGAUAUGAUGAAGUUCCUCUAUUAUUAACAGAUUAAGGGAAAAGCUACCCAAAUUGAACUUCUGUGGCAGGCUCGGAUUAGUGGAGGGAUUCCUAGAAACCAGUGUGCGUUCGUUAAAAGGGUGACAAUGGCAUGUUCGAAAACUACAAAGCCACAUGUAUGUCUGUUUCCAGUUAAUAAAGAAAGGACAUUUGAUUUGAGAUGAGAAUCUUGA